GCAGAUUUUUUCACUUCUGCUCAGUAGAUGUUGUCUUUUUGUGUUGGUGUCUUCAGAUUGAACAGGUCAGCCAGCUGGCUGCUCUGGUUCACGCUCAGUUGGAGUAUCACAGCCGGUCUGCAGAAAUCCUCACACAGCUCUCCAGUAAAAUGGACGAACGGAUAAGAGAUGCCUCUGGCAAACCGAGAAAAGAGUUCGUCCCAAAACCACGCCCAUCUCUGGACUUCUCCAUCACUGAGACCCACAAUGGAGGCAUGCAUGGUGCCCGAUCUCCAGGUGCCAGGUCUCCAGCAAGGUCUCCAGCAAGAUCUCCAGCCAGGUCUCCAGCCCCUCUGGACCAGCCCUGCUGUCGCGCGCUGUACGAUUUUGACCCCGAGAACGAAGGGGAGCUAGGCUUCAAGGAAGGCGACAUCAUCACCCUGACCAAUAAGAUCGAUGACAACUGGUACGAAGGGAUGCUGCACGGCAACUCAGGCUUUUUCCCCAUCAACUACGUGGAUAUCCUCGUGCCAUUGCCCCACUAAGAAGUCGAGAAUACCAGCUGUGUCUGCAACACCGCCUGGCCUCCAGCUCCAGUUUUCCCACUAACCUGUUACUAAACUUCUUUCCUGCUAACCACAGUCAGUCCUCCUUAAGGGUCAAACCGCAGCAGCAUAGUUGUGAAUCAGACUGCAGAGCAAGUAUGCACCAUAAAGAGGGUAGCGAAGAUGAGGAAGAGGCAGCAUUGGUAUUACUGCUCCCCCCUCAGAAGUACCUUCAGGCUUCAGUUGUCGUUUUUGGCUUUCCUGUCCCGGCUUUUGUCUUGGCUUCAGUUGGCUGUGAGUCCUUCAUGAGUUUUUUAGGACAGCUUUGCAAAUCCACUCUUACUUUCAUUCUUUGUACAGGUGGUUUUCUGCACUAUCCUGCAAAAAAAGCAGAACAAACGUGUACUUUUUUUCCCUUAGAUCGUAGGUUGUGUUUCUCAGUCAUUAUCACAUUUAAAUACAAAUCAAUCUGGGUUGUUUUGUUUCAAACAUGCCUCUCUUUCGUGGUCGUUGUCUCUUGAGUUGUCAGCAUGCCUCGUUUUAACCCUAACCGAUCCAGUACGUUCUUACCAAUGGUUGAUGGUACAGCGUGGGAUUUGUACAGCUGAUGCUUGUCCUCUGGUGUUUCAUCAGAAAAAGGUGGUAGGACUUUACAUACAAAAUUGUGGGAAAACGUGAGACGUUACGUAAGAAAAAGUACAUGUUUUCAUUUUUCACUUCAUACUUUCUAAGCACUAAGAGAUCUUCUUAAUGUAUUGUGAAGCGUUUAACUGCCCACUGGGGCAGCUGUUACUUCUGCGGCUGCAGGAUCUGCUACGUUUCCCUGCUGCUCACUUUAGUGUGCUAUAGUUUCACUGUAGAUUAAGAUGCUGGGACGAAAAAAAAAAACGCCAUUUAUUUCUGUUUUUUAGUCACCUAAAACUAAUGUAGCUCACACGAAAAGUCCUUUCUAUUUGUGAACAACUAGUUCUGUUUUCAGAGCUGUUGUGUGAACGUGUUUCCUUCUCUUUUCUUACUGAAAAACAAAUGUAAACUCAGAUCAACCCAUACAUGUGUGUCAGUUCGGCGCCUCUUUUGUUCUGGUUUUACCGUGGACGGCCGUGCUGCUGCAGCUGCGGCAGCGCUCUUUGCUUUCACACAUGCUGUAGUGAUGUGAUGCAUGCAUGUCUUGGGCGGGGUUGCGUGUUUGCAUACUGUUUCUGUUAUGCUCGGGGAGGGGGGGGGGUCACAGAGAGCCUCUGCUGCCGAGCUUUUUAAGAAAUACAAAAUACCGUCAAUGCACUGAGUCAUUACACCCAGCAGACCCACAACGAGUGAUGCAAAACAACACAUACCAUAAUAAGUGUUACUUUUUAAUUGUUUUUGGGUUUUUUUUCCAAAGGGAAGCACAAACGGGAUACUUGUUGGCUUUAAAGUGUAGUGAAACAGUUGGAAGACGUCGUGUAUGAGUUCAUUUUUUAAAAGCAAACCUUCCAUCUUUCUCACUUGGUUUUUAAAAUGCCGUGUAUCUUUGCCCUCAAUGAGGACUGUACAGCUUUGUGUCUUUUGUUUUCACCUUGUGUGUAUAGUCACGCAUCUAUAGUAUUGUAUUUUAUUUUUGUAACCGUGACAAAAGUGUAGAGUAUAGGUGUGUGUGUGUAUAUAUAUAUACAAACAAUAUAUUACCCAGAAGUGAUGUUACAGGAUGGCCUCUUUGUGCUGCACAUGAUUGUCUAUGUUUUUUUUUGUGUUUUGAUUUGUUUGAUUUUACUGUUGCAUCGCAUUCUAAAACUGUACGCUCAAUGUAGACAAAAAAAAGGACAUGUGAUAAGUCAGUGUAAUUUACUCAAAUAAAUACUGGUAAGCUAUUAUA